AUGCUCAACAGCUAUUCAUCACUUGAUAGUGAACGCCACGUUAAACAUAAGUUCAGAUCUUAUGAUGUUGUUUCUACCAAUGCCACUGGUUCUGAAGGCAAAACUUCCGACAUUGAAAUUCUUCUCAUAAGUGUUUUCUCCCUUGGCAUAUUCGCCAUUGCCUCUGCUGUAUGGUACAUUCGAGAAGCAUCAACUGUCAUGUAUGUAACCAAUAUACCGAUGUGUUGGCCAUUGGCAAGGAAAUUGUUCAAUUUGAGGUCUUGGUCGGGAUCAACAGACGGAACUAAGACCAAACCCAAAUUGGCAUCGAAGAAAAAGUUAAGUACUGUGACUGGUUCAAGAUUUGGAAACAAAAAAGAAAAAUCGAUAUAUAGAACAGAAAGUAGAGAGGGGAUAUUUGAUGGAAGUACAGAAGGUAGCUUAGGUGCAGCAAUAGGUUUAGAGAUAUGGGAAAGUAGAGAAGUGAGUGUAAGCAAUGAGGAACUACAUCCUAUAAAAGAGGGCGUUAAGAAUACGACAAUCGUCACCAUAACAGGGUCGAGGAAUAACUCGAGUGAGCACUCGAGGAGCAAUUCGAAAGUAGAGACUCGAGAUUUUGUGGAUUAUGCAGUACCGGUCAUUGACCUGAAAGCAGAGUUGAAGAAACGAGGCCUUCCACAAACCGGACUUAAGCCUGCUCUUGUCGCUCGACUCACAGCUGCCGCAGAAAAUGAAGAUGGGUCGGGAAGUGAUGGGACCAUUCAGGACGAUGGGAACAAAACAAACCCAGAAUCUGCGACAUCCCCAGACACAAUCUCACCCACACAAACAUCAUCUUUCGAUAUCGGUGCAGAGCCCACAGCUGAAGAUGCAGAAGAACCACAAGCAGAGCCAAUCCCCGAAAAUAACGAAAUUCACUCAUCUCAUGUUGAAGUUACCGCAGAAAGUCUAACGGAGUCGGUUCCUGAGCCCGCCGAAACUAAGGAAGUGGCAAUUGAACCGACACCAGUUCCAGAGGAUGUGCAGCCCCUCGCAGAUAACACAAGAGAACAAGUUGAAGCUCGACUCUCACAAACUAUAGAUACAACGGAAUUCUCUCAGCCUCCUUCCCAAGCAACAUCUCAGCCACCCGAACAACCUGAGGUCAAUCGCUCUGCCGAGCUUUCCCUCGAACCACGAGAGGCGCUUGAAGACCGACAGAAGCGAAAGCGCAGAUCGCAAAGUCCAGCCCCAACUUCUACUGAUGGUUCCCGAAAACGCGCUCGCCCAAGCGAUGUUACUGAAGAAGUUACGACGUCGAAAGAGGAUGUAAAAUGGGUGGAGACACACAAUGCGGUUGAUACAGGUGAUAUCAACGUGGAAUCAAAGGAAGUAAUAAUGGGCGAAGAUGAGCCUACAAUCGUUGAUGACUCCAAAGAAGAAGUGGUGGUUGAGCAGCCAAUUUCAAACACGAAUGAGGAAGAAGCCGACACAAUGGAUAUUGAUAUUGCGGAGGUUCAGCCAAAUGUUGAAGUUGCGACAACUUCACCGGAAGUCUCGCGGCCACGCGAUUCGAGGUUCAAAAACCUGUUCACUUCUCCACAAAAAUCUAGUGAAGGUACAGAAAUAGUACGUUAUUCACAAGAGCCCAUGGAGGAUGAAUCGUCAUACAACCCAAUCACUCCAGCUAUUCAUCCUGCAACUUCAGCUCUCUAUAUCCGCAACUUUGUUCGACCACUCCAAGAACCUCGACUUCAUGAUUACCUCACAACUCUUGCUACUCCAUCUGGCAGCGAAUCCGAUCCAGAUGCUAUUCUACAUUUCCAUAUGGAUCGCGUUCGAACACACGCACUCGUUCAAUUUAAAACUCUCUCUGCCGCAGCAAGAGUACGCAGCGUAAUGCAUGAUCGUAUCUGGCCUGAUGAACCAAACCGCAAAGCAUUAUGGGUGGAUUUUAUACCAGACGAAAAAGUUAAAGAGUGGAUCGAUCAAGAACAAGCAUUUGGCCCGGGACGAAAUACAAAGAAGUGGGAAGUAGUCUACGAUGAGAUAGAAAAUGAUGGAGAUCGUCAAGUUACUGCUGUGUUGCAGGAAUCUACGGCAGACUCUCAAAUAACGUCGGCGAGAAAGCAGUCAAUUCCAUUUGCUGCGCCGACAGGACCAUCAAGGGGUAUUGAAGGAGCCCCAUCAGGACCUAGAAGCUUCGGUGGCCCAAGACCUGCUCCUAUACGUAAUCUGGCCGAGCUCUUCAAAUCUACUACAACACAACCGACGCUUUACUGGCAACCAGCUUCAGAGGAUUUAGUCAAUAGACGACUUGAUGCAAUCGCAGAUGUCACCACCAAAGAUAUUGAACGCCAUACUGGAUCAGACAUCAACAGAUAUACAUUUGAAGAUGGAGACAAAUUUGUUGAUCGUGGAAAAGAAAUCUUCUCAGGCAUCAGACCUCCACCAGGCCAUCGAGGACCAGGAAACCAGCGUCGACUUGGAUACCAGGGUAGAGGUGGUGGUGGUGGAGGUGGUGGUGGUGGAGGUGGUGGAUAUAGAGGUAGAGGAGGUGAUAGAGGCUAUGAUAGAGGAGUCGACAGAGUAUAUGACAGCUACAGAGCACCACCUCGAGAUCGAGAUAGACGUUACUGA